AUGUCUGAAUUGAAAAUCCAAACCAUUGCGCCAGGAGAUGGCAAGACCUACCCACAGCCAGGAGACCUGGUGACCGUCCAUUACACGGGAACUUUGGAGAACGGCAAGAAGUUCGACUCUUCCAGAGACAGAAACAAGCCUUUCCAGUUCAGAAUCGGCCAAGGAAUGGUGAUUGCUGGUUGGGAACAAGGCUUUGCCAAGUUGUCGUUGGGCGAGAAGGCCAUUCUGACGAUCCCAGGUCCAUUGGCUUACGGUCCAAGAGGAUUUCCAGGUCUGAUUCCUCCAAAUGCCACUUUGCUUUUUGACGUGGAGUUACUGAAAAUUAAUUAG